GAGUAGUCUGUGCGUCGCCGCUCGCUGGCUGGCUGUUUCUGUCUCUUGUUCGCACUUCGCAGUAGUUCGCAGUUUUUCGGUUCUCGUUGCGUUUCCUUUGCUUUCAUUCAAUCAAUACACAUUUUUAUUCAGGAUUUGUGGACUUGAAUUUACUGGAAAAUCAAUAUCCGUCUAUAUAGUUUUUAUAUACAAUCCAAAGAUGUAACCUAAUGUAAACUGUGAGAAUUUUGUGAUAAACCUCGAUAUUUAUCAACAAUAAUGCAUCGUCGUGGCGGGAAACGUAUCCGGAUGGACGACCCUCCUCCGGAGUACGUGAAUCCCAUGACUCCAGCGACUCCCAUGACUGAUUACGGUGGUCAGUCUGUGCACGAACCUGAGACUCCCAAUGUAAACUAUUCAGGUUUCAAUGUUGGCGCAGUAGCUAAUUCCACAGCAGCUGAAGCACCUCGGGAAGAGGCUGAAGAAUCCCAUCAUGAAGAAGAGGAGACCAGAUCUCCGUCGCCCACGCCCACUAAGCGGGUGACACGCAGUCGCGGCCGGAGAGGAGACGGGGGGUUCGUGGGGCGUCUGGCCGAGUCUCCACCUCCGCCGCCGCUGCGCCGCCGAGGCCGAGGCGGGCGCGGUCGGGGCCGGGGCCGCGGCACCGCGCCACCGCCCGCGUACUCACCCCCACCAGUAUUGCUUCCUGGUGAUGAUGAGAACAGCCUUUACAACAUACUAAGAUUCAACAAAACUGCUAUCAAUCAAGUGGUAGACAUGUGGAUAGAGGAGUACAAGACCAAUAGAGAGGCGGCUCUGGUGCAACUAAUGCAGUUCUUCAUCAAUGCCUCGGGCUGCCGGGGGAAGGUCACGCCUGACAUGGCUCAGAUGGACCACACACUUAUCAUCAAGAAAAUGACUCAGGAAUUUGAUGAGGAAAGUGGAGAAUAUCCUCUCAUAAUGAGUGGGCAGACUUGGAAGAAGUUCCGCUCCAACUUCUGUGAGUUCAUUCAGACCCUGGUGAAGAUGUGCCAAUACUCCAUCAUCUACGACCAGUACCUCAUGGACAACAUCAUCUCCCUGCUCACCGGCCUCUCCGACUCACAAGUCAGAGCCUUCAGGCACACUGCCACUCUGGCUGUGAUGAAGCUGAUGACGGCGCUGGUGGACGUGGCGCUGCUGACGAGCGUGAACUGCGACAACUGCCUGCGCCAGUACGAGGCGGAGCGGCUGAAGGCGCGCGACAAGCGAGCCAACGAGCGCCUCGAGGUGCUCGUCGCCAAGCGCCAGGAGCUCGAGGAGAACAUGGAGGAGAUCAAGAACAUGCUCUCCUACAUGUUCAAGUCCGUCUUCGUGCACCGAUACAGGGAUACACUGCCUGACAUUAGAGCUAUCACAAUGGCAGAGAUAGGCAUAUGGAUGGAGAAGUUCCCGGCGCACUUCCUGGACGACUUGUAUCUCAAAUAUAUUGGCUGGACACUGCAUGACAAGGUGGGCGAGGUGCGGCUGCGCUGCCUGCAGGCGCUGCAGCCGCUGUACGAGUGCGAGGAGCUCAAGGGCAAGCUGGAGCUCUUCACCUCCAAGUUCAAGGACCGCAUCGUGUCCAUGACGCUCGACAAGGAGACCGAGGUCGCCGUGCAUGCCGUCAAACUCGUCAUCGCCAUCCUGAAAUGCCGCAUGCACCCCGACGUGCUGACGGACAAGGACUGCGAGAACGUGUACGAGCUGGUGUACUCGUCGUGCCGCGCCGUGGCGGCCGCGGCCGGCGAGUUCCUCAACGUGCGGCUGUUCCGCAACGACGAGCCGCCCGGCGCCGUGCCGCCACCCCCGGCCCGCUCGCGCCGCGGCAAGCAGCGCCUGCCCAACACGCCGCUCAUCCGCGACCUCGUGCAGUUCUUCAUCGAGUCCGAGCUGCACGAGCACGGCGCCUACCUGGUGGACUCGCUCAUCGAGUCCAACCCCAUGAUGAAGGACUGGGAGUGCAUGACGGACCUGCUGCUGGAGGAGGCGGGCCCGGGCGAGGAGGCGCUGGACAACCGCCAGGAGUCCUCGCUCAUCGAGCUCAUGGUGUGCUGCGUCCGCCAGGCCAGCACCGGCGAGCCGCCCGUCGGCCGCGGCGCCUCGCGCAAGCACCACCACAUGCUCUCCAAGGAACAGGCCAAGGUGGUGAGCGACGACCGCAGCAAGAUGACGGCGCACUUCAUCGUGACGUUGCCGGCGCUGCUGGACAAGUUCGGCGCCGACCCCGAGAAGCUGACCAACCUGGUGUCCAUCCCGCAGUACUUCGACCUGGAGCUGUACACGACGCAGCGCCAGGAGGGCAACCUCACGCUGCUGCUCAACAAGCUGCGCGACAUCGUGUCGGUGCAGACGGAGAGCGAGGUGCUGGAGACGUGUGGCCGGACGCUGGAGCUGCUGUGCAGCGAGCAGUGCGGCGUGUACACGCGCUGCAACGUGGCCCGCGCCACCAUCACCGACAUGUGCGUCAACCGCUACAAGGAGGCCAUCGACGACUACCGCAGCCUGCUCGAGGGCGGCGAGACGCCCGACGCCGACGAGCUCUUCAACGUCAUCAACUCGCUGCGCAAGGUGUCCAUCAUGUACAUGUGCCACAACCUCAACGACACCAACAUCUGGGACUCGCUCUUCGAGGACCUGCCCAAGUGCGUCAAGGAGAACGAGUCGCAGAUGCCUCCGCAGGCGCUGGUGUACGUGGUGCGCGCGUGCUUCUACGCCGUGGUGUGGGGGCUGCACGGCGUGGAGAGCCGCGCCAGUGCGGGCGCGGCCGCCGAGCUGCGCGGCCGCCUGCGCGGCUACGUGGCGCACUGCACGCACAUCGUGCGGCGCGGCGCCACGCCCGCGCUGCAGGAGGAGGCCUACACCUCGCUGUGCGACCUGCUCAUCCUGUUCGCCGACCAGCUGGCGCUGCACCACCCCGCCGACCCCGACAUGCGCCAGCUCGUGCUGCAGCCCGACCCCGACCUGCUGGACAUGCUCAACGCCUUCAUACAGGAGUUCGUCUUCGUGCACCACAACUACGACGGACAAGACGAGAGACGCAUCGAGGAGCUGCACAAGCGGCGCAACUUCCUGGCCGCCUACUGCAAGCUCAUCGUGUACAACGUCGUGCCCAUCCGCCGCGCCGCCGACGUCUUCAAACAUUACAUCAAGUGCUACAACGACUACGGCGACAUCAUCAAGGCCACGCUGAGCAAGGCGCGCGAGAUCAACAAGCUGAACUGCGCGCUGACCAUGGAGCUGGCCAUGCAGGCGCUGUUCCACGACAUGCUGCUCAAGCACCCCGCGCCCAGCCGCCAGCUGCCCGAGAUGCUCGAGCUCAAGGAGCUGGCGAAGCGCUUCUCCGUGAUGUUCGGGCUGGACGCCGUGAAGAACCGCGAGGCGCUGACGGCGCUGCACCGCGCCGGCAUCGCCUUCGCCGCGCUCGACGCGCCGCCCGCCGGCGGGCCCGCGCCGCCCAACCUGCUGUUCCUCGAGGCGCUCGGCGAGUUCUCCAACAAGCUGCUGCGGCAGGACAAGCGCGCCGUGCUGCGCUUCGCCGACUCCCGCCUGCCGCCCGGCGCCGCGUGGGGCGACGACUGGGCGCCGCUGCUCGCCUACCGCGGCUCUCUGCUGACGGACGCGCCCGACGACCGCCCGCCGCCCGCGCGCAAGCACUACGCGCGCAGACCGCGCGGCCAGAACGACGAGGAGGACGGCGACGACAACGCGGAGUCUGACGCCGAGCAGGCCGGGUGAGGCGCACUGUGUGCAGCAGCACCGCGUCACGCGCCGCACGUGACGCCUCACGCGACGCGGGCGGCGCGUAUGAGUUCGUCAGGCUAUAUAGUUUCACGACUUUUUUCUUGACGAGUCUGAGAUCAAUCAAAAGACCGCGCUAUAAACAUUCUUGUUCCCAUUUUUUAUGACACGACCAAACAUUUUAUUUUCGACUUGUCAAGUUGCGUCUGACGUACUAUAACUACCAAUACUUAUAUAUUUAUUUUUAUUUAUUUUAACAUAUCUAUUGAACACCAUGAAAUCAAAUAUAAAUUAUUUUAUUUUAUAACGCUAUAUUAUUAUAUAAACCUUCGUAUUGUGAACAUUGAUAGCAUAUUCGGGGGCUUGUGUUUGACAUUUUAAAUAAAUGACAUAGAAGCAUGCCUUUCUGAUUAUAUGUAUAUUAAAAAGUAAUGUAAUUCGAAGUCCAAUUACAACAACAGCAAACUAAGAUUAUUUUUGAUCAGACCACUAAAAGUACUUUACUCUCAAAACUUUUUAAAGUAGCAUCUGAAUAUGCUAUCAAACAAAAUAAACAACCCUACUACCCUAGUACAGAUUGAGCUUCUAUGAAUACUUAAACAUUUAUCUGGUACUUGAAGUAGAUUUGUUAAUGAAUUAUGUAUUAUAAAUAUUUAAUUAUUAUAUGAAAGGUAUUGUAAGACGUUGUCACUGUUGUUAUGAAGUUGGGCCUUAUAGUUGUAGGAUAUGAGUGUCCGCGAGGACGAGGGUGUUAUGUAGCGUAUGUACGCGUAGAUCGUAACUAUGUAGUUAGACAGCGCAGUCUACACCUCACUAAGUAUUAAGUCACAAACGAUCCUUACUGCCGAAUCGAGUCGAUAGGAAGGAUCGUGUGCGGCCGGCAUUGCUCUACAGUCGACUGUGCAACAGACUGACUUGUGUGUGUAACAAUAUAUCGUUAGGAAUCUUAAACAGAGCUGAGUGUGUACACUGCGCAAUAAUGUAAUGUUAGAUUAUGUUAGUACAAUAUUGUAGUUAGUAUAAGAUAUAUUUUUAUAAUAAAUGAUGUUUAUAAUAUA